UAGACUAAAAUGUUGCAUGCCUCCCCGGAAUUCGUACUGUAUUAAAGGCCGCGUAAUCUUUCAAGACAAAGAAAAAGAAAAGGGGAAAUGAAUGGAGGAGAAGGGAAGAGGGGUGGGUAAAUCUUUUGUAGUGGGAUCCACACGCACGUGGUUAGCAGAUGCGGUGUGGGGGUUUUGGUUGGGAUGCGGGUCCCGCCAGGCACACGAAAACGAGAUAAGAUGGUCAAAACACGCGACAAAACCAUUUGCAAUCAAGUUCUCUAUCUAUCUUCUCCCCGUUUGUUUACUGUGAUCGGCCAUCCCCGUCCCGUCCCAAUACCAAUCGCGUUAUCCUUUUAACCAGAAACCUCCUCAAAUCAAUUCGCUUCUAAAAAAUCUCUCUAUAAUUAUCCCACCAAUCGUUAGCCUUAACCCUCUCAAUAAAAUCCACGCUAACACACACAUCCCCCGCAAAAAUCCAACACCAGAAAAAGGAAACAAAACACACUCUCCUCUUUUGGCCUACGCCGAAUGGCCGCCAUUCACGAUAUCCCCGACGUUAUUUUAUCCAAUAUCUUUGCUUCCAUUUCCGACACCCGCUCCCGGAACUCCCUGUCGCUCGUUUCCCGCAAGUUUAUGCUCUUAGAAAGGGCUACGCGCUUCUCCCUCACGCUCCGGGGUAACGCCAAGGACCUGUUCAUGAUCCCAACCUGUUUCAGAUCCGUCACUCGCUUGGACCUCUCCUUGCUGUCCCCCUGGGGCCACUCCCUCCUCUCGUCUUCUCAUCUCCCCGAUCCUCAGCUUUUGGCCCACCGCCUCCGCGUUGCUUUCCCCGCUGUGAGGUCCUUGACGGUAUACGCUCGAUCGCCGUCCACGAUUCAGAUGUUGGUUCACCAAUGGCCUGGGUUGAAGCGUGUGAAGCUGGUGAGGUGGCACCGCCGGCUCACCCAGUGGCCAAUCGGAGCCGAUUUUGUUUGGUUGUUGGAGCAAUGCGAGAAUCUGUGUUGGCUUGAUUUGUCCAGUUUUUAUUACUGGACUGAAGAUCUCCCCCCGGUUCUUCAAGCUUGCCCAAAGGUAUCAGCCUCGUUAGUUCACUUAAAUUUGCUAACGACGUCGUUUACUGAAGGGUUUAAGUCUCAGGACAUAAAGGACAUCACCACGGCUUGUCCUAAUUUGAAGAGCUUCUUGGUGGCUUGUAAUUUUGAUCCUAGGUACAUUGGGUUCGUGGGAGAUGAGACUUUGUUAGCUGUUGCCAAUAAUUGUCCUAAACUAACGCUUUUACAUUUGGCCGAAACGUCGUCGUUGGCUGACGUGAGAGGUGAUCCGGACAAUGAAGGAUUUACUUCUGAAGAUGCUAUGAUUACCAGGGGAACACUGGUGGAGUUUUUCAGUCGGCUUCCGUUGCUUCAGGAGUUGGUGCUCGAUGUCUGUAGGAAUGUCAGGGACGUUGGGUUGGCUUUGGAGAUGUUGAAUUCUAAAUGCAAGGAUUUGAGGGUGCUCAAGUUGGGGCAGUUUCACGGGGUUUGUCUGGCGAUAGAGUCUCAGCUUGAUGGGAUUGCCUUGUGUUCGGGGCUGCGAGAGUUGUCUAUUAAGAAUUCUGGGGAUUUGACGGAUAUGGGAUUGAUUGCUAUUGGGAGAGGUUGUUGUAAGCUGUCCAGAUUUGAGGUUCAAGGGUGUAAAAGGAUUACGGAGAAGGGACUAAGGACUAUGGCUUGCUUGCUAAGAAAUACUUUGGUUCAAGUCAAGAUUUCUUGUUGUAAGAAUCUUGAUGCUGCAGCGUCAUUGAGAGCCGUGGAGCCCAUCUGUGACCGGAUUCAAUGGUUGCAUAUUGAUUGUGUCUGGCAUGGUUUGGGGGAGACUGGGAAUUCAGAUUCAGAGCAGGUUGGUCAUAGCUUUGGGCGCAAUCAAGUGGGGGAAUCAUCUAAUUUAUUUAGCUUCUCUGAAACUGAAAAUGAGGAUGAUCAAGACAUGAGCAGGAAGAAAUGCAAAUACUCUGAUGACUUUGAAUUGAGUAGUGAUUCUUACAUCAUGGAAACAAAUGCCGUCAAUGGAUUUUGGUGCAAGAAAUGGGAUAAGUUGCGCUACCUUUCUCUUUGGAUUGCUGUGGCUGAGCUUCUCAGUCCAUUGCCAAUGGCAGGACUUGAGAACUGCCCUGAGUUGGAGGAGAUUCGAAUAAAGGUAGAAGGAGAUUGCAGGGGGCGCCCCAAACCACGCGAACGUGCCUUUGGAUUGAGCUACCUUGCACGCUACCCUAGGCUGUCAAAGAUGCGAUUAGAUUGUGGUGAAACCAUAGGUUAUGCACUCACAGCACCGUCAGGCGAAAUGGAUUUAAGCUUGUGGGAAAGGUUUUACCUCAACGGCAUUGGGAAUUUGAGGCUAAAUGAACUAGAUUAUUGGCCUCCACAAGACAGGGACGUGAACCAGAGGAGUCUAUCGCUGCCUUCAGCGGGGUUGCUAGCAGAAUGUCGUGAGCUUAGGAAGCUAUUUAUCCAUGGGACGGCUCAUGAACACUUCAUGAUGUUCCUUCCUAAUAUUCCUAACCUCAGAGAUGUACAGCUGCGAGAAGACUACUAUCCGGCACCAGAGAGUGAUAUGAGCACGGAAAUGAGAGCUGACUCAUGUAGUCGCUUUGAAGCUGCUCUGAAUAGUCGGCACAUCCUCGAUUGAGAUAACCUCAAUGAUGGGUGAGAACUGAGAACACCGUGGUUUUUCUGUUUUUCUUUUUCUUGUUUUGCACCAUCUGGCGCAUGUUUGAGGUUUUCUUCAAAAGAAUAAAAUUGCAAAGGUGCACCCGUACUCCAUUAUUUCAUUC